AAAAGCCAGAGAUAAAAGAAGUCUUUUGAUGAAUUGAGAGCGAAUCGCAAUUUAAUUAAAUGGAAAGACUGACCAUGGCUCGCUUCGCCUCAAUGGUCGUUUUGCUAGUCGCCGCCGCCCUGGCCAGCCAACCUUCAACCAAGCCAGAAGAAUCCGAGUUUCGACAGAAAAUAUUGCAGAAUUUGAACGAGACAAAUCAAAAGCUCAACCAAUUGAUAAGAAUCGUCGACGAUCAAGUUGUGGAGACGCGGAAGCAAAACGAAUUUUCCAAAGCUAGCAACGACCGACUUGACCAACUGGCCAGAACUGUCGACCUACGCCUCAAUCAGACGGUUGAAAGAGUUGAGCAAGAGGUGAAAAAUUUCAACGAAAGUACUUUUGAGAGGAUUUAUCAAUUGGAAAAACAAAUUGAUCAGGAAAAGCGCAUGGAAUUGGACGACAGAGAAAAGCUGGACGCAUUAGUAAAUCUCGCCGGACGUCACAUUCAGUUCUCGGAACAAACUCUCCUGGCAGCCCGAUGCACUCUGGCUCGUUCGUCAAAAUUGACUUUCCUGUCAAACGACAAGAUGUACUUUUUCUCCUACCCAAUUAAUGCAAACUGGACUUCUGCGAACGAGACUUGCAGCAAAAGAGGCCUCAAUUUCGCCACGAUCAAAGAUCAAAAUGAGGCCAAGGUGGUCGCGGCAGAAGCACACAGAAUUCAUACUGGAGCUUGGUGGGUUUCGGCAAAAAACCAAGCAAGUGGAAGUGAAAAGGACUUUCGUUGGAAUGACGGGACCAAAUUGGAGUUGGACAGUCCCAUGUGGGUGGAGGGGGCGGACAAGAGGAAGGACUGCGUUCUUCUCUACAAUGCCAAGGGGAAAUUGAACAGCUGUCCAAGCAACUUUAAUCAGCCUUUCAUUUGCGAGCUGCCCAGCCAAUGUUUUUGAGAACUAAUUUGAAUCAGAUCCUUUUUUUAACUAAACAUAAAAUGUCAGAUAGAUUUGCAAUCCUUUGUCUGUUGUGAAUUCACCUUUUUUGGUGUAAAAUUAUUGUUUUCUGAUUUGUAUAAAUUUUUAUGCAGAAGAUAACUAA